UGUCUCCGGUUUUCCACUAGAGGUCUCCUCUUUCUGACAGGAAAAUGAUAAAGUAGGAAGUGACUGUCAAGUCUAUCAGACAGAUUCACAUGAAGCAGCUUUCAUUAGACGCUGUUGAGCUGAACUGUUCUUCUUUUGACUAUUUUAAUAACCUUUCAUUAAACUGCAGCUGGAAUAAAGCAAAUAAAUUAAUUCUAUCAUUAUUUUAAUAGCAGAAUUCAACAACAGUGAUGUUUUUAUCAGCAGCUGGAUGUUUGUUGAUGGUUUAUAUUCUCUGCAUCUCAGGUGUCGAAGGAAAACCAAACAGCGUCUUUGCUUUGAAAGGUUCAUCAGUGAAUCUGAGCUGCUCAGCUCCACGUUCAGCUGCAAACAUCAGAUGGUACAUUGUGAGCAAGAGUGGUGCAGAAAAUGUUUAUCAGGAUAUAUCCGCAUAUACAAAUCAUGAAAGGUUCAUAAUUUCAGAAGAUCAUUUCACUCUGACAAUCAGAGAUCUACCAGAGUGUGAGAGAAAUAUUUACUGCUGCAGUGAAACUGUUCCUAAAAAGAGACCAGAUGAAACCGACCGCUGUGAGCAGAACAGCAUUCAGCUCAGAGUUAUAGACCUUCAGGUAAAGGUGUUUCCUGCCUCAGAGGGACAGAAAGUGACUCUGAUGUGCUCAAGCAGCUGUUCUCUGACUGAAAGCCCUGCAGCCUUCAUCUGGUACCAGAACGGAGAGUUCCUCUAUGAGGACUGGUCCCCCUGGUACCAAGAGCUGGUCAGCAGUGACCAGGCAGUCAGAUACUCCUGUGCUAUCAAAGGCUACGAGGAUCUCAGAGCUCCUGACGUCUCAGUGGAUUCUGUCUCAGGGAGCUGCUUCAGUGUGACCUACGCUGGAGGCAGGAUGUGUUCCUACAAAUCAGAGAACCAGUCCUGCUCCAUCACAUUUCCUACAGAAGUUCGUGUUGAAAGGACAGAAUCACACAACAACCAUUCCAAGAUGACCUGCAGCUCCAGCUGUUCUCUGACUAACAAUAAAACAGUUCAGUUGUAUAAAAACACAGAAACUGGUGAACAGAAAGUUAAUCAAAAUACUUCAGUUCCCUUCUCAGCACCAGAGAGCUUCUUCUGUACAAUGAAGGAUCAUCAUGAUCUGCUUUCUAAUGAAGUUUGUGCUGAUGGCAGCGACUGCUGGAGUGUGAGUUAUGACAGCAGGAGAAUAUGUGGCCUGAAAGGUUCAUCAGUGAACAUCUCCAGCAAAUACUCACAUCCUGAACACGAGCAGCCACAGACUAAACGCUGGUAUAAAGUGAAGAUAAAUACAAAGCUGGAAGAAGAAGAACUGAUGGAGAAUAAAGGAGAUGUGAAUUAUCAGGAUGACAUGAGGAACCAACACAUCCUCAGAUUAAACAAUCUGGAGGAGAAAAACUCAGGAGAAUACGAGUUCAGAAUGAAAACACAGCAACGGAAACGGAAAUCAAUUGAAUUUCCUGGAGUUACUCUGAUAGUAACAGAUCUCCUGGUGGAUGUGCGACCUGCUGCAGAGGUCACUGAGGGUCAGAGAGUCACUUUGACCUGCAGCACCAGCUGUCCUCUCAGUGAAAACACAAACUACAUUUGGUACUUGAACAGUCGGCCUCUGAGUCUGACUAAAACACCAAACAAACAUCUGAUUAUAGAUGCAGUUAGCAGUCAGGAUGAAGGAAAAUACUCCUGUACUGUAGAGACGAUCAGCUCAGCUGGAAAGACUCUGACUGUAUUAAGAGGAAGAACCGUAAACUGGGGUCCAGUAGCUGCCAAAAUCUCAGUAUCUCUCCUGGUUUGUUUACUUCUCUCUAUGUUUGUGUUUUUGUGAGUAUCACAGCGCUG